AUGCCGAACCAAGCAAUAUUCUUCGCACGCAGAUUCUUCGACUCCAACUCAUGGGUCAAUACUUCAAAUUAUACGUACCAGACUGCCGGAAGUGGAAAAUUUGGAGAAUUCGACGGGCAUUGUGCCGCCUUGCUUUUGGCAGCUCGACCCCCGUUGAUCACGCUCGAGAAGGCAUUCAAGGAGAUUUUCAAAUACGACGCGCCAGGCGUAGCAGACCGGGCUGCUCUCGGGCAAUUGGGACAGCUCCCCAUCGAACUCAUUGCGCAGAUCUUCACUCCGUUGAGCAUCAAGGAGGGACUUGUCUUCGGCCUGACCCACGGGCACCUCUUCGUGAUAGGGUGGCAAGUAAUCAAGAAGAAAAUCUGUCGUGUCGUGUUCGUAGACGAUUGGAGCGACAGUCGUAUCAUCUGUCUGGGCGACUACGCCAGUACCCUCCCCGAGGGAUAUUUGUCCGACGAGGAGAAAUUCAGCCUUAUGAAGAGCGCGAUCAAGCGUGAUAGGGAUGAUGAAGCAGACGAGGACGACGGCGAUGUUUCAGAUGAAGCAGCUGGCGAAGACCACGACGGAAAUUCACUUUCUCUCCGGCUCGCUGCGUUCAAGGACCAGACUUUUGGCCUGUACGAUGAAAGUCAGUUGAUGUACUCGGAGAGGAAAAUCAAAUCUUGGCGUGUGAGCCACUCUUCGGUCAGCGACUUGUAUCGACGCGGGAUUAGCAAACCGGAGAUGGACCGCGUCGCGGCCAUCUCCUAUGUGCUGGAGUUCUACUAUAGAUGUGGCCCCUGGCAUAUCGAGCCACAGCGUUUCGCUGACUCGGUGUUGAUCAAUAAUACGAAACGGGAGUACGUGAGGGCGGUGGAUGGUGCGGGGCGGUAUGUGCUUGAUGAUGCGAUUCCGCUGCUGACGGUGUGGGAAGACCGAAUGCAUGGGGAUUGGGCUGGGGAUCGGCUGGCCCUCCCCUCGGUAGAGGAGUUUGAGACGAUGUUGGCAGCAGAGGAAGGCUGGAAGGAAAAGCUGCCCCCGGAGUCAGUAGGGAGUCCUCUGAAGGUACACCGGCGUUUCAUUGGGGAGAACGGUGGAGGUAUCGUGGUACCGCGAUGCUGGCGGGGGGAUAACGCGUCGGUGGAGCGGCGAACCUCACCUUUCGACACUUGGUUUGAGGCGUCGUCUUGCUUUGGAAUCGUGGAGUAA